AUGCUCUUUGGGCACUCUGCCGUGGCCAUUCUGCGAGGCAACGAAGCCACAUUUACGUCGCUCCGCGUCAACGGGUCGCUCAACGUGGAUAUAACCAAGUUCCAGACCAACUCUGACUUCACGUUCGACAGAAUCAUGCAGGUUAUGGCGAACGACGCCGACUGCCUGCACUGGCGCAUGAGUGACAUGAAGCUGUCUGCCGACGCGCAAUGUGUGGGUCCAUUGAACGAAGUGUGA